AUGAGUCUAGCAGAAGCAACGCCCCUCAGUGCCGGCCAGGCGGCUGUGAACCCCUCCGUCGCCGCUCACGUCGGUGUCGACAGACUAGGCGGCGAUGCGACACCCCGCGCUUCGAGCCACCACAACUCAGAGACGGAAAGCAGCAAGAAAGACGUGAAGAACAAGGUGCGCGGACUGUUCGGGCUGGGGAAGAAGAAGGAAGACCCCAAUGUCUCCAAGUCAUCGUCGACCACUCCCGCAUCAACCGCCACCAGCAACCCCUCCUUGUCGAGAGACGCCUCGAGGGCGUCUGCUCGGUCUACGCCAUACAUUGGCGACCACUCGCAUGUGCAUCCCUCGUCGCCAGGCCGCGGAAUGUCCAGCUCCCCGCGAGUGCCCUCGCCAGCGGGCUCUCAGAUUUUCGAGCGAGAUGUCGACAACAUGUCAAUGAAGCCUCAAUCGCCUGCCAUUCCGUCGCACAUCCAGACCGAGAACCACAUCCCGCCAGUCCUGGAUGCAUCAUCCGAGGCUAUCACGGACAACCACCUCGACCCGGACUCCGUCGAGAUCGUCACUCACGCACAUCAUCAGCCCGCCGCAGCAGCCGUGACCGGCGCGAAUGGAACACCCCACACUGCCGAUUCCAUGUCCGCAUCCUGGACUGACGAGCUCCGCGCAUUUGCUGACCGCGACGAUGCAUCAAACGUCAACUCGCUCGACAACGCCGACGUGCGCAGACUGAGCUUCAUCUCCUUCGCCGACGUCGUGCAGGCCGAGCAUGGCGGCCACGGUGGCACGGCAGGCUCGCGGGACUCGAUCCACGUCGCCGGUCUGACGUCCCUGUCGUCCAUCAACGCCCGCUCGCCCUCGCCCAUCCGGUCGCCCGUGUCGUCGCAAGGCCCCGGCACCUCGCCGCCGACGAGCAACCCAGCAUCCGUCAAGGGGCUGGAAAUGUCACCGGGCCGGAAAUCCCUGGGUAGCCCCAUUUCGUCCCAUCACAAUCUCAACAUGAGCGGCGAGCUCAACAUUGAGACGAUGUCUCAGGCGCUCAGGCGCACGGGAAGCACAGAUCUCAGCGGCGUGCGCAGCUUUCCGACGAGCCCGAUUGAGGGACCGUCGCGUUGA